UUUGUCUUUACCUGUGUGCAAUGUCGCGCUAGUGCUUAUUUAAGCGAUAAAAACUUCCGGGUCUGGUAAAUUGUCAUUGACGAAAACUUGUACUGCAUGAAUUAAUUAAGGAAUCGUUUUGGAAAAUAUAUUAAGGUGAAGCCAUAAGAAGCUGAUACUUAAGACAACAGAACAUGGAUUGCAAGGAGACUUUCAAAGCUUUCUUUGGAAAAUUUGCGUUCUAUAUCGCCAUACAUUCUUGGAAAGUGUGCAUCACCAGCUUUCUACUCAAUGGUUUAUUGGGACUUGGAAUGCUAAAAUUGCCUGGCAAGAACCUCCUCAAUAACGAUAUUGAAGAAGUCUACAUGCCAAGAGAAACGAAAACGCAGGAAACGGAGCAGUUUAUACUAAGUAUAUUUCCGGAUUUAAGCAGUUCAGACUUUUAUUCACAUCAGGUUGUUAAACAGCCGUUGUAUGUAGAACUGAUUUUCUGGAGGAAAAACAAGCAAAGUCUUAUUAAUGGCUCGUUAUACCACGAUUUAACUUCGUUAAUGCAAUAUGUCAAAAAUAUUACCGUGCAAUCUGCAAAUGGAACUGCUUUCGAUUUCACCGAUUUAUGUGCCUUAAGGAAUGACAAAUGCGUCAUUGAUGGAGAAGAUACCAUCAAUAAAUUGAGCGAGUGUACAGAUGGACUAUUACCAUUGAACAAAUUUAACUUUGAAAACAAUACUAUUCUGGAAAAUCCGUUAUUUCAGUUUGCAGAUUACAAGGUUGUGAACGAUACUCUCGUAAAAGCAACGUAUUUGAAAGUCCGUUUAAACCUUCGCCAAGACACUACAUUAUUUGCACAGCUUUCCAAACACUGGAUGGAUCGUUUCAUAACUCACAUGAAACAAUUCUCGGAACAAUGGCAAAGCAGAGAUCUCUCAUUUACAUUCGCACACUCAAAAUCAUUUUUUGCGGAGCUAGGAAACGAUACAUAUACAGAUAUACCGUACUUUUCAUUCGUGUUCACUAUCUAUUUCUUUUACAUUGGGUUCGUUAUGUCUGGCGGAAAUAUUCUUGCGAAGAGGGCCAACAUCGGUAGAAUGGGAAUCAUCGUUACACCAACCAGUGUGCUUGGUGCAUGGGGUCUGCUAAUGGCAUGUGAGGUCGAAUUUACAAAUACAAUAGGCAUUGUUCCACUCUUUAUUGUAGAACAUCAAAUCAUCAACACAAUGAUAACUCUUUCGCACCUGUCUGACGUAAAUGACAAACCCGAUGCCAAACAGCGUUUAGAAUAUGCUGUAAAAAUGUCAGCUAUUCCCAUAACUACAACAAUGUUGUGCUAUGCUGUCCCGUUUGCUGUGGCAAUUUUUUCAAGGUUUUACGCUCUGGAGCUCGUAGGUACUUACGUAGUGGCUACCAUGUUGUUCAACUACGUCAACCAUUUUGUAUUUUACACUGCCUGUCUGGCUAUACACGAGCAACGUAUCGACGCCGGUCGCCACUGCUGUAUCUGUACGAAGUUGAGACCAAGAGAAGAACUUGAAGGACGCAGCUGUUGUAUUAUUUGUUGUUGUAGUGGUAACCGUCCUGAAAAUAGAUCUGACACUGAAAGUUCAAUUGAGAAGAUUUUCAGGAAAGCCAUGCUACGCUUCCUUUUGACCACUGCAUCAAAAAGCAUAUCUUUAAUUUCAUAUAUCUCAUUAGUUGCGUUUUCCUUAUGGGGUCUAGUUUACUAUAAAGUAGACGUAAUUCAGAGAAACGAAGUUCUUUCAAGCUCUUACUUUUAUAGCUGGAAUGAAAAAAUGAGUAGCGUUUAUCAAAGGGAAUCAAUUAUACAAUUUGUGACCAUUCAUCCUAGAGGGUAUGUGACUGACCGAGUGACAAUAUCAAAAUUAGAGAGGCAGCUACAAUCGCAGUCGUUCUUGAAUGCUCAACUUCUAAUGUCCUGGGGUGAUUUGUACGACAAUAGUUCGUAUGCUAAUUAUACAUCAGAGUUAGCUUUGAGUCUAUUGGUCAGAAACAAAUUUAUUCCUCAAAAUAUAGAAUUUUCUCAUGACAUACUUUUUGAACGAAAUAAUUCAAAAAUUUCUGCAUCAAGAUUUUAUAUCAAAACUAAAGAUAUAUCGUCUACAUUGUCAGAGAUUUCACUUAAAAAAGAGCUCUUUGAUUUGGUGGAUGCAGUUGAUGAUUAUCAAAAGGACAUAUAUGAUGAUUUGGAUGAACAUACUCUGCCUUUUAGUGUAAAAGAUAAAUUUGUUUCUCUACAUUCCCCUGAUUUCAUCUUUACUGACGCAUGGAAACAACCGCUUUGGGAAUUUCUAAUAUUCACGGGUGUGCAACUUGGACUCUUACUAUUUCUACUUUUUGUUUUGAAACCAACUUUGUCCUCCCCCUUUUUCAUAGCACUGGCGUAUCUCUCCAUGGUGUGUUUUCUGUUUGGAAUAUCACAUUUCUUAGGAACUUAUUUGACACAAGUUUCUAGCAUCAUUUACAUGCUGGCGGGAUGUGUCUUUAUCGAAGUUGUUGUACACACAUUUUAUUCCUAUUUUCAAGCUGAAGGAGUCAGCAAAGCGAUGCGUGUUAAUGCUGUUGUUAGUACGACCACACAGACUUUAUUCCAUGCAAUACUAGGACAGCUUUUAGGUCUUCUGGUAUUGUUUGUUGUAAAAUCAUACGUUUUUGUUACGGUUUUCAGAAUCGCUCUUCUCACAACAGCUAUUGGCAUCAUGUUUUCCAUUCUUUGGAUACCUGUCUUACUCUCUUAUUUCGGACCUAGUGGCAUUGACGCUAAGUCCGAAAUACUUGAUAGAUACAAGACGAAUCAGUCUUCUGUAAGUUUUGGAGAUAUAACAAUAAAUAAACAGACCGGGGUGGAUAACCCCGCCUUUUUACAGAAUUAAACCGGACAGGACAAGUGAUAUAAAACGUAGGGAUUGCGCAUGUUUGUACACGAAUUACACUUUUUAACAGACAUAAGACUUUUUACCUGCGAACAGAUGUUUUUACCAAUAUACUUAUGCCUGUCAUUUUUCGCUUUACAAAAUGUUUAAAUUGUCAUUGCUACAAGUAGUAUUGCACGUUGCGGUAUAAUAUUCAUGCGAAGGGAGACUAAAAUGAAAAUAUCUUAUCAUAUCUUACAAAACUGUUACCGUCAAAACUCUAUUGCUGUUUUAUAUAGCCGUCUCUAAUAUAGCUAUUAUGAGGUUCAAAUGAUAUCUAUGGCUAUACAAAUACAGCGUUCUUUUAUGGAUUUUAGUCAGAUUAAAAUACAAUUCUGACAACCAGAACAUAAAAACUUGCAAAAAUGACUUACGACGUCUUUAUCUGAAAUCAGCGUUUUGUAUGUUGACAAAUAAAGCAGUCAACCUCAAUGUUAAUACCAUAUGUUUAAAGUCAUAAAUUAUUUUGUUUGGCUUUACGUCGUACGUUCAGUUCAAUUUUGCAUUUAUGUGUUUUAUGUGUACGGUAUGACAGUGGAUAAAACAAGAGACAGUUGCAACUCAGUCUUCAUCAAGAAGGGCCAAAUGCUUUUGCAAAUAACUGUUAAAUGUCCAAGUAGAGCAUAUUUACCUUUCUAAAUUUAAAUAUUUUCAUAUACAUACAUAAUUUUUUCAUGUCGUAGAUAAGCGGAUUUCUCUUUGAUGUUUGUGUAAAGUGUAAUAAGGUUUAUUUACGGUUUGUGUAUUGCAAAAGGAAGGUUGAAUAUAGGGACACCGUCAUAGAUUGGUCGGUGAUCUAUAUAAAGGAAACUGGGAUUUGUGCACAUCCAUUCAGAAAUAUCUAUUUAGUUAGUAGUUUUCUAUUGAUUAUAUUAUUCUAUUUGCUUGUAUGUUAAUAUAUUGUCUUCUUUUGUUUUGUACUUGUAUCAUUAAAUAAAAAUGUGUAAACAGAAGGGAUUUUAAUAAACGAUUUAGUUU